AUGCUGCCGCCACCAAACCCUGCGAAUGGUAUCCCUAUCCAGCCUCGAGGAAGUUACCGCUACUAUCUACGCAUCACCAAUAUUCCCGAGAUAUUUGUGUUCGGAAAUUCCUUCAGCCUCGGAUUUGAAUUGUGGCGCUUCGAUGUUACCACACGCAGCUGGAUGGCUACGCCUGAGGCUACCCUCACCGCAAAAAUGUCCUGGACCACCGCCCCAGUCGGUUACCCCGGUGAAUACCUCGAAGGGGAUGCUAAAAAUGCUGCUGGCGUCACAACUGGGCGUCUCAAGAUGGGCUGGAUUUCCGAAUUCUAUCGAAAAGUGACGAUCGAAAUUGAUACGGUUGCCGGAUCCGAGCGCCCACUAGGCAAUGAUGCGGGGGAAACAUGGGCUACCGUCUUCUCAAAGGUCGGCUUUCUGGCGGACGUGAGGCGUAGCGAUACCGACGUCACCAAGCCUGGUGAUCCCGCCGAUGAUAGCUACAGUGAUGCUGAGAUGCAUGCAGCUCUAUUGGCCAGACGAGACCCUGUUGAUCUGGACGCUGAAUGGCAUUACCACAUCCUCGCCGUUCGUCACAUCGAAUCUACGGAGAGAGGCAUCAUGUAUGAUUGGCGGGCCACCGACUCAAACAACGUUCCUCGUGAAGGACUUGGUAUAGCCUCCCACUGGCUGGUGGACGACAUCCCCUUAUGGGGUGAUGUGCGCAAUACUAGAUGGGGUGCGUCCGCUUCUGCGUAUUUCCGGACUGCUGUCCACGAACUAGGGCAUGCAUUUGGUCUUCAACACAACGAAAUUGACAACGGCUAUAUGCGCACCAGUCCUGACAUCGCGGCACAGCCUGGAGGGCCUUUCCCGAGGCAGAUAAAGUGGGCAUUCGCAGACGACGACCUGAAGCGUCUUCGCCACUGGGCCGACGUUUUUGUCCGUCCGGGCGGUUUGGAAUUCACUGCAGGCUACACGACGAUUCUUCCAAUCACCCCGACGGAUCUUAACGUCGAAAUACCCAACCUGAAGCUCAACGUCAAGCCCGUACCCAGCGAGGUUCCACUCGGAGCCCCUGUUCGCGUCGAACUCGAGUUGGUGAAUGAUGGUGACACGCCGAUCGAAGUCCCCGAGAAUAUCAGUCUCAAGUCUCCCUUCAUCUCCGGAACCGUCACCUCUGCCGGAGUUCCACCCCGGACAUUCAAACCUCUGCUCUAUUGCACAGAUUCUCGCCGUAUGACAAUAUUAUACCCUGCAGGGUCCAACCAGACGAACUCACUAAUGUCUUCACUUACCCUCCUGCGUGGCGCCGAGGGCCCUUUGUUCCCUGUGUCCGGGGUUUUCGAAAUCAAAGUCACGCUGACCUGGCCAUUGGAAGGAGGCCAGAGCAGGGCUAUUGCCAUCGGAAGCGCGACUGUCUUUAUAACUCCAACCGCAGAUCCGUCUCACGCUGCUGCGGCCCAUAAGAUUCUCACCACGCCAGAUGCGCAUAUCCUCCUCAUUCUCGGUGGCGAUUGCAACAAGCUCAAGAGCGGGAAGGAAGCCAUCACCGCGGCAAUCAACGACAGGACCCUGAAGCCUUACUACGCGGCUAUCGAAGCGAAGAGACUGGCAACCAAGUUCCAAGGAAAGCGGAAUGAGCAACUGAGAGUUGCUGUGAGGCUGAUGGAAGAAACAAAGGGUGCUGUCAUGACUUCUGGGGAGAGGGCAAAGCUCCAGAAACUAGAGGUAAUUGAUGCGACUGCAUCUCAGGAUUGA